AAAGGAGAGAAAAAUAGAGAACCACCACGGUACCACACAGACACACACAAUUCCGGCUGGUGGGUGGAGUGAAAAAAAAAGGAGGAAUCCUCUGGUCUGUACUAUACACCCACGGAGAGUGAGAAGUCUAGUGCCAGUAAUCAAGUCCACUCUCACCGGUGAACGUCCAUCUCCGCACAGCGGCUCUUCUUGCCUAGACGAUUUCAUUCACUAUUUUUCGUUUGGUUUAUUUCGCGUGCUCCUGCGUGUGCCUCAACUCGUUUGUCAACCGCCGGAGAGAACAGAAAAAAGUGUCAAACUUUUGGAUUUUUUAAAUUUCCCCCUCCAAUCAAAAAAUUUGACUGUGAAAUUUGGUGAUUUGUUUUCGAAACUUUGUGAAUUGAUUUGAACUCGGUGUGUUUUUGUCCGGCACAUCACCACCACCACCACCACCCAGGAGAGAACCUCAAGGAUGUUGUAAGAAGCUGGUUCCGAUCAACCUCCGCUUUUCGAUCCGCACCAUCCGCAAAAGGGAUUAUCACUAUGAGCUCAACCUGCAGCGUUCCGGCAUCAGCAACAGUGAACCGAUCGUUGCAAACUCAUCCGGCAGGAGUUGCUUCAUCCGACAACCGAUCCCUGUCAAAGUCAAACGAUCCGCAGCACAUCAACGCUGACCCGACUGGCGACGGCGGCAUCAGCUACGAGGGCCGUCUAAGUUUAUUAGAUCCGACGGCAGUGCAUCCAUCGGCCAUGGAUUUCGACCAGGCCGUCGUCCUCCGGCGGAUCAAGGCCGAGUGCGACAUGCUCGACUUCCAGUCCAUCCACCACCACCACAAAGACAAUUUCAUGGGCGUCGACAUGUCGCUCUACUCGGCCGGAUUCAGCCCUGGCAGCCAUCCGGCCAACGGAUCGGCCGCCGGACUCUUCUCGUCGCUGGGCCAGGCGCAACAAGCGUCCGGCGCCAUCAAGACGCCAGAGUAUCCGUCCACGCCCGUCAGACAGCCGCAGCCGACGACGGCCAGCGGAAUGAUGAUGGAUCCGUCCGGAAGCAGCGGCCGACAGCAAAACGAUUCUGGCAUCUCGCCCGGCUCGACCGGACCCGCCGGAUCGACCAAUUCCAGCGACGACAACAAAAAACGUAACGGCCACUCGGAGAGUUGCGGCGAAGAUCCGGCGGCCGGCAGCGCCGCUUCCGGCUCGCCCUAUAGCGAUCACUAUUCCGGCGACGAGCGCCGGAUGCUGCUGACUCCGACUGAAGAAGACGACGACGACAUGAUGGACGGAGCCGACGACGAUGACGACCUGCUGGACGAGGAGGGCAGCAGCAGCCGCGGGGCCGGCUCCGACGUGGUCGGCGAGGCCCUUUCCCGUCUCGAGCGGGCCCUUUUGGCCCAGUCGGGCGGAAUGGGCGCAGGUGGAGUCCUGACGGAAGGCUCGUCCAUGCCGAGCGGUGCCCUGUACCAGUGCAACAUGUGCUCCUAUUCGGCCGCCUCCAGGUUCCAUUUCCAGGCCCAUCUCAACAGCCACUUUGACGUCAAGUGCACCCACUGCGAUUUCACGGCCCGCACCGAGGGCAAACUCAGAGCUCACAUACGUAACGCCCACUCAGACGUCACAGGAAUGGACGACGGAGAAAUGGGCAACACUCGAGUGCCGCGCGUGUCGACGCAGGGCAAAUUGAAGACGCACAAGUGCAAGCAUCCGCAGUGCGGCUUUGUGGCCGUGACCAAACUCGACUUUUGGGAGCACACCAAAACGCACAUCAAGGCCGAGAAGCUGCUGACGUGCCCGCACUGCCCGUUCGUGACCGAGUACAAGCACCACCUAGAGUACCACACGCGCAACCACCUCAAUUCCAAGCCGUUCAAGUGUCCAAAGUGCAGCUACUCGUGCGUCAACAAGUCCAUGCUCAACUCGCACAUGAAAUCCCACUCCAACGUCUAUCAGUUCCGGUGCAAGGAUUGCGCAUACGCCACAAAGUACCAGCACAGUUUGAAGCUCCACCUCCGCAAAUACAACCACACGUCCACGUCCAAUUUGAGUCUCAACGAUUCCGGGCCGAUGGAUGGAUUCGAGAACGAAGUCCACAAAGUCAAGGGACGUCGCAACGCCAAAAAGCCCCGCCAAUCGAAAAGCGUCCAGUCGGCCAAUGCGGAUGCCAUGACACCCACUUCCGUCAGCUCAGCCGUGCUGCAGGGCGGCGAGUGCGGAAUCAAUUCGAAUCCGCCGCCGGGCAACGCAGGGACUCCGCCGUCCUUUGCCCUGCAGGCCUUCAACUUCCCCAUGUACCCCGGGUCGCACCCUCUGAUGGCCCAGCAGCCCGUCGGGUCGUUCGAGCCGGAAAAGAACAAAAUCCGCAUUCCGUCGGCGGAGGAGCUCAAGUGCGGAUUGUGCGACUACGCCACGGCCAGCAAGGAUCAAUUCUCUCAGCACCUGCUGGCCCACGCCGCCGCCGACCAGCACCACAGAGAGCUGGCCAACCUGUUUGGCGUUAUUCCGGCCGAUUUGCUCCAUUCUCCGCCGAAUCCGCUCGGCCAUCACCACCAGCAGUCGGUGACUCCCCUCAAAGGCUCGUCCAACACUCCCCAGCAGCAUCAGAUGAAGGAUUACUUCAACUGGAUGAUGGCCAAUCCGACUCUGCUCUUUAGUACACCCACGGCGCCCGCCAGCAUCCAGCAGCAGCAACAAUUCACCGAGCGGAAGAAAUUGUCCGAAAUCAGCCGAACGCCGACGCCGGAAGCCCCCAAAACGGCACCAACUCCUCCCGUUUCAACCGGGCCGCCCGGCAAACCGACUCAGACUCCGCUGGAUCUGAGUCGUGAAAAAGACGAAUUGACUCCAGCUUCCGGCCCAGUCGGUCCCACUACCAACAAGCACCGCCGCAAGGGACAAGCUUUCAAACUGGAGCGCUCAGCCGCACCUUCGACGACGAUUGCGUCACCGCGCCCAAUUGCGACCCAAUCGCCGUCCCCUUCCGCGCCGAUUCCGGCCCAGCCCCGCGAAUCGGUCGAAGAGGAAAUCGACGAAGAGGUGGAAGAGGAAGAAGAGGAAGAGGCGGAAGAGGAAAAACUCCUGGAAGAUGAUCAAGAAAUGGAACAGGACGGAAAGGCCGGAUCGCCGCUGUGGCGUCCGCCGUCCAACCGGAACGAGAUCCGCAAGCAGCGCAACACCAAAUGUCUGCCGGGCGGGGGAGAGUGGGGCGGGGCCUAUCAGUGCUCCUACUGCGACAUCGCCUUCAAGGACGUCGUCAUGUACACGAUGCACAUGGGCUACCACGGAUUCCAGGAUCCGUUCACGUGCAACAUGUGCGGCCAGUCGACUCACGACAAGCUGGCCUUCUUCCUCCACAUCGCCCGUUCGUCCCACAGCUAGAGGGGUAGGGGAAAAAAGGAUCAUCUCUCAAUCCCAUUGUUACUUGUCCAUCUUUUUUUAUUUCUAAGUCAUCCGCCGACCUCUUUCGAAUGUACACACACACAGCGCACACUCUGAGACCCCACCCCCCGACCCCACCCACAAUUGAAGCGCAGACUCGAGACGAAACUGAUCAAAAUGAGAAUCAAUCAAAAUUAUUUUUGCCCCAUGUCUAUUUCUUCACAACAUUACUAUUUAGAUGUUUCUGCGUGUGUAGUUAUUUUUUAGCCUUUAAUUAUUCGUCGCCCUAGUCAGUCGGUAAUUUACUUCUUGGAUUUUGACUAAUGUCGAAUUUUCGACCCCUUCAAAUAGUUAAAAGAGAAUAUUGUUCAAAUGUGUGUUGUCGAGGUUCGA